ACCAAAAAACUUGGCAGCCGGUUAUUUUAUUGACAAAACAUUUGCUGGGGAACCAAGGGCAAAAUCAGAAAUCCAAGUUCUACUUACACCGGAUCAGUAUUUUUUUACUCCAUCGGAUCUUCCGUAUUUGAGCCCAAAUUUAAAUUAAUCAAUCUUCUAAGAUGAUUCAAUACGAUACUGUGCAGGUUAAAAAUGUAUCAUGGCAGCCAGAAUUGCAUACGGAGGGGACUUAUGUGUGCUCCUUUCCGGAGCCUCCGCCACCGGAGGCCCACUUGAAACCGGGCACCUGGUAUGGCCAUCUGGAGCCGUACCAGCGGCUUUUCUACCACCAGACGAUGAACUCGGUGCGCUCCAGCAAGCGCUACCGGGCCAAUCCGAACAUUCCAAAAGACGCACUGGACUUCACGCUGCAGUCGCGCUACGAUCACACUCGCGAAGCCUUCCCGGACAAGGUUGACGUCGUGAUGCAGCGAGAGUCGUGCCGGGCCAUUAGCAGCUGGUCGGCUCCCGGAGCUGCCAAGGAAAUCGGCGCCCAGAUGAAAUCAUUCCGCGUGUUGCGCAACACUCGCUUCAUUCGUCGCAAGCAGGAGGCCGUCCUGGGCCAUCCACUUCGCAUUGGCGGCUGCAAGGAGAAGAUUCAUCCGCACAGCGUGAAGCUAAUUUGCAGCGGCGUCCACAACCAGCUGGUCAACAACGGAUUCUCGCGCCAGACGUCCGACGGCAAUUUCUUCCGUUACUAGUUUCGCAGAAACAUUUGCCUUCCCAAAGAAAAGAGGGUUUCGUUUUUGGGUUUCACAAACAUUAUUGGCAAUAAAUUUAGAGCAAAGGAGCA